UACUUUUGUUGUGUGCUCGCUGCGAAAAGUUGGUUGUGGGAAGCGCGCGUAUGUUUGUUAUAGCAGGUGACAGAAGCAGCAAAUAAGAAAGAAGUUACUGCACGAUCUUGUGUAUUAAAAAAUAAAAUUUAUUUGAUGGAUGCAAAAUAUAGUUUAUCAAUCUAAAGCAGAGUAUUUUUUAAUUGCAAAAUAUUGGCGAUAAAGCAGUGUGUUGUGAGUGUGAAACAUUGUGAAUGGAAUGGGAAUACGAAGCAAUUUUUGUUAAGUGCUAAUGUAUAGAGGAUUAAGAGUCGACACAAGUCUUAAAAUUUUUGUGUCACUUAUUGCAUUUUUAUAGACACCUUCAACGAAGCUCUAUAAAGGAACCUCGACUCUAGCCUACUCCCCAAUAACCACUUACAAUAAGAGCAUAAUAUGUUACAACGUUGAUACAACACACGCCCCCAUUUCAGCUAGACGAGGUCAUAGGAGGCAGAGGCGUUGACGUCUAUGUCAGCGUCUGCGUUAACACCAAUGGUGUAAAAAACUAAAUAUACUCGUAAAUACAUAUCUACCAGCUAUUCGUUUCCCUUGAACGGAUUAUGGAGCUAAAGUGGCAUUAAUUACCUCAACGUUGCAAUUAUGUUACAAGUCUGCAUAGGAAAUUUUACAGGAAGUGUAUAAAGUGUUAAGAGUGAAUAACCAUUAAAACAAAUGCCGGUAACAUGUGCGGCAAGGUGUAACAAAAUAGAAGAAACCAACGUAGUAUUUAUUGGAAAGAAAGUUUUAGCGUGUCAAGUCGGAAAUCAAAUUUUCCGUUCACCCCGGCUGUUUUUAUCAACAAUUUGGAACCAGUGUGUCUAAUAAGGGCAGUUUCUAUGGAUGUAGCGGCCAGUAGCAACUCAAGAUUCAGCGAUGUUGACGAAUAUGGCUUUAAACGCUCGGAUAAUUUCGAUUACAAGAAUUAUGAGCAAUUCAUGUCCGGUUACCUGAAGACACUCACGAAGCGUCGUAUGAAAUGGGAAGCCAUCUUGCAACGUAAUUCCGAUCUCACUAUAGUCGAUAACAAAUUAAAACGGUACAUACGAAAGGGCAUACCAGGCCCAUUUCGUCCUGAUGUUUGGAUGAAAAUUUCCGGUGCCUCCAAACUGCAACAGCGCUCGCCUACGCUUUAUCGUAAUUUGUUGAGCGCGCAUUACGAGAAAGAAAUCUGCGAUUCCAUAACAAUUGAUCUACCUCGUACAUUUCCUGACAAUAUUCACUUUGAUACGAAAAAGGAGCGUCUCUUCAAUAUAUUGGUUGCGUAUGCGCAUCAUAAUCGCGAAGUGGGCUACUGCCAGGGCUUGAAUUAUAUUGCGGGUCUGCUGUUGAUUGUCACAGACGAUGAAGAGAAAUCGUUUUGGUUAUUGAAGCAUAUUGUCGAGAGCAUUGUGCCGCAGUAUCAUACAAAAAAUAUGGCGAACUUACUAAGGGACUUGGCAGUAUUCAAGGAGAUGAUUAUCCGACGAGCGCCGCAAGUUAAUCGACACAUAGAAAAUUUAGGCUUACCAUAUGCUGUGAUAGCGAGCAAAUGGUUCAUUUGCAUAUUCGCUGAGGUGCUUCCUGUAGAAACAGUGCUGCGUAUUUGGGACUGCGUGUUUGCGGAGGGUUAUAAGAUUGUCUUUCGCGUGGCAUUAGCAUUAUUCCUAACACACAAAACAGCAAUACUCCGCUGCGAUGAUAUCGCUGCAUUAGCGAAUUUAUUUCGUGAAAACAUGAUGCAGGAUGACAUUGUUACCAACUGCCAUAGUUUUAUAGAAGCCAUGUUCAAGAUACGUUUGAAACGCAGUGAACUGGAGGCAUUACGCAAAGUGUGCGUAGGGCGCAACAAUACUUAAGCAGUAACUGAAAUUUGCAAACAUAAAAAUUAUGUGCCGAGAAUAUGUAGAACAAAAGCAAAACUCCUAUCAAAUAUGUAGUAUGUAUGUAUUACUUGCGGCUUAAGUUACUUAAAAAAAAAACACAUAAUGAAUAACUAGAGAAAACACACAACUACCUAAUACACAUGCAUAUGAAUGUACAAUAAACAUGAGCUAAUUAUAGGAAAAUAGGAGUACGACAGACUUAAAUACAUAGUUAGCAAUACUAAAUGUUAGGAACUAGCGAGUGUUUCAUAUAGUAGUUUAGAAGAAGUGCAUAGCGGCCACAAAGGAACGAAAUUGCUUUCAAAAAAAAAAAAAAAGCAAAGAAGAAGAUAAACGCAAAGAAAUAAUUACAAUAAUACAAGUUAUACACAUACAUACAUGUAAACAUAAGAAGACACAAAAGCAUUAAAAGCAACAGAACUACCAAAAUAAUACUAUACAAAGUAGAAUAAGUUAUAAAUGUAUACAUACUUGUAGGAUUUAUUAUUAUAAUUAGUAAAUAUAAUACUUAGCAGACUGGCGCAUACAUCAUGAAAAGUUGUUUAUGCCGAGCUUUUCUUCCAAUUCGUAGCGUUUCUUAAUUGUUCCAUAAAUGGAGGGACCUACAGUUUACUGCCACCUCCGAAUAAAAGAUGAAUUUUUGUGAGUAGCUUUUUCGUGACAGAAAUGCAUUCGCUGGUUUGCCUGUAUCUACCAAUGCGUGACCACUGCUAGAAAAAGCUAUAUGAUGCUCAAAGUGCGAAGUGGGGCUCGAACCCAGCACUUGGUGCCUGCCCGUGGCGAACAAAUACACUAGAUCACGCGUCUGCCGUGGCAUAAAAUGUUUGUAUUUUUAUGUAUGCAUGUGUUUUAAGCUAAGAUGCGCGUGUGAAGUAACAAAUAGUUGAUAAUUUCGCUGUUUUCGUUUAUUUAGUAAGAACUAUAGCAAAGUUUUUUACAACCAAUUAAAUUAUUCUUCAUGCUUAAAUUAUUGUUAAGUAGCUUAAUUGUUAGUUUUCAUUCACGCUGAUUACCGGUAUUUUAUAUACUAAAUGUUUUGUCCUCAAACGGAAUACAACUAAUUUCGUUGGUUAAAUGUAUUUGAAGUACUCGUACUGAUAGUAUUUUUGAAUGUAUUGUAUAUUGUGUACUUUGUAAGCAAGCGCAGGAAAAAGUUAUUGUGGAAUUUCGUGAUUGAUUCAAAGUUAGUUUUGUACAAAGUGUGCUAAGUAUUGACUGCUCAAGACAGCUCAAAAAAUUAGGGCCUUAGCCUUGAUGAGGCAUAAAUUGAUUUUCCAACAGUGCCAAAUACGACUAUAUUUGGGCCAAAAAAUUGUUAGAGUUUUGCCCGCUGAGAAAGCGCCUGUGCCCAAAGAAGUCAUUUUGACAGCUUUUUAAUUUCAGUUAGAACAACAAUCAUGCAUAUAAUAACACAAUGUGGAUUUUUGUGUAACAUAUACAUGUACAGUGCACUCGCGGUAACUCGAAUAGCCGCUAAGUCGAACGACGUGCUAACUCGAACACAUUUUUUCCCCUAUUGACUUCUUUGUAACUCGAACAAUAAAAAAGCGCUAUAACUCGAACAAAAAAACAAAUUUAUUUGUACACACAUUCUUUUCAAACAUGUACAAUUUGGACAUAGAUACAUAUGUAAUAGUAUAUGUAUGUAAAUUAUAUGUAUACUAGUGUAUUGUCCAUAUGAAUAUUUCGGCGUUAAUAUCCCGUUAGUUUUCUGGGAACAACAUCUUGCAUUGACCAAAUUGCUUUAAAUUUGUCAUUUGUAGUAUAUCAGUGCACGUGAGUAAUGGA